AAGCAGCUCCAUCCCUCUCCAUUCAUGAAUCUGCUGUGACGUCAGGAGAACCCUGGGCUUCUGUUUGCAGUGGGCUGCAGAAUUGUGUGGGUGGCAUCUCCCCAUCCCUUUGCAUUUCAUUCUCCAGGCCCCCGUACAUCUCACUAGAUCUACAUUACUUAGUGCUUUGCUAAUCCUCUCUUCAGCAUCUUAAAAGGGACGACAUGGAAGCCGGUCUCAUGCAGCAAUAUCCAAAUGCCCUACAAUCCCAGAUGAACCAGAGUUGAAAAAAGUCCAUCAAGAUAGGAGAGUCUUACGGUUGGCAACCCCAUGCACCUGGAUGAUACUAUGGCAAGCCCGCACGAGCCCCUGAGCUGGUCAUCUUCUCCCAACCUCAUUGUUGAUACUUUACGGGAAGAUAAAGACUACAUGGUGGAUUAUGGUGACCAUACCACCAUUGGCCAUCAUGAAAUCAAAGAGACCCCGGAAAAGUACGAUUCCCUGGAUAAUGCCAGUAGCCCAGUUACUGCCACUGUCCUGACCUCGGUUAGUGAAGACUCUAGAGACCAGUUUGAGAACAGUGUUCUUCAGUUGAGAGACCAAGAUGAACCUGAAAAUACAGCACCUCAGGGCAGCAGUCCCUCAGGAGAUGGAGGCAGCAACAGUGGAAAUGAAGACAUUAGAAUACAUUUCAGCCGUUCUGGAAGUGGGAAUGGUGGUUUCUUAGAGGGGCUUUUUGGCUGUUUACGACCUGUAUGGAAUAUCAUAGGAAAGGCUUAUUCUACAGAUUAUAAACUUCAGCAGCAAGACACAUGGGAAGUCCCUUUUGAAGAAAUUUCUGAGCUGCAGUGGCUGGGAAGUGGGGCACAAGGAGCCGUCUUCCUUGGCAAAUUCAGAGGGGAGGAAGUAGCCAUCAAAAAAGUGAGGGAACAAAAAGAAACAGACAUCAAGCACCUUCGAAAGUUAAAGCACCCCAACAUCAUUGCUUUUAAAGGAGUGUGUACACAGGCACCCUGUUACUGCCUUAUCAUGGAAUACUGUGCCCAUGGGCAGCUUUAUGAGGUUCUCAGGGCUGGGCGCAAAGUCACCCCUAGACUGCUGGUGGACUGGUCAACUGGCAUUGCUAGUGGCAUGAACUACCUCCACCUGCACAAGAUCAUCCACCGAGACCUUAAAUCACCCAAUGUCCUAGUUACCCAUGCAGACACUGUGAAAAUUUCAGACUUCGGCACUUCCAAGGAACUCAGUGACAAAAGUACCAAGAUGUCUUUUGCUGGCACUGUGGCCUGGAUGGCUCCUGAAGUCAUCCGCAAUGAACCUGUCUCUGAAAAAGUGGAUAUCUGGUCCUUUGGGGUCUUACUGUGGGAGCUACUUACUGGAGAAAUUCCCUACAAAGAUGUUGAUUCAUCUGCUAUUAUCUGGGGAGUGGGCAGCAAUAGCCUUCAUCUUCCUGUCCCUUCUACUUGCCCAGAUGGCUUUAAAAUCCUUAUGAAGCAGACUUGGCAGAGCAAACCACGCAACCGCCCAUCUUUCAGACAAAUUCUUAUGCACCUAGAUAUCGCCUCUGCUGAUGUCCUGGGGACACCUCAGGAGACAUAUUUUAAAUCCCAGGCUGAGUGGAGAGAAGAAGUAAAGAAGCAUUUUGAGAAGAUCAAGAGUGAAGGGACCUGUAUUCAUCGCCUGGAUGAGGAGUUAAUUCGCAGGCGCAGAGAGGAGCUCAGACAUGCACUUGAUAUCCGUGAACAUUAUGAGCGCAAGCUGGAAAGGGCCAACAACCUCUACAUGGAGCUGAGUUCCAUUAUGUUGCAGCUAGAGGUGCGAGAAAAGGAGCUAAUCAGGCGGGAGCAAGCUGUGGAGAAAAAAUACCCAGGGACUUACAAAAGACAUCCUGUCCGACCCAUUGUUCAUCCCAACUCUGUUGAGAAGCUUAUCAAAAAGAAAGGUCCUCCCUCAAGGGUGCCAUCUCAGACAAAACGGCCUGACCUUCUAAAAUCUGAUGGCAUUGUUAGUGCAGAAGGGAGUGCUGCCAGUGCAUCCCCCAUUUCUGGGAGUCCAAAGACUUCUUCAGGAGCAGGAAAGAGCCGUUACCGAAGUAAACCACGUCACCGUCGAGGUAAUAGCAAAGGCAGCCAUGCUGAUUUUGUUGGUGUGCUGAAACAGCAGGAAUCUCCAAUACCUUCCCAACAAUCCUCUCAGCACCAUACUCCAGCUUCUCCUCCAGUCACUCCAUGUAGCCCUUACCAUGAAACUUCUCAAGUCAUGACAACUCGCCACCAAACUCUAAAUGUUCAUGGGCAGAACAUUGCCAACUGCGCCAACAACCUACGUUACUUUGGUCCGGCAGCUGCACUAAGGAGUCCUCUGAGCAGCCAUGCUCAGAGGCGUUUGUCUGGUUCCAGCCCAGACCUUCUCUCUAGCACACUUGAGGCUGAUAGUCGCAUCCAGCCUGAAAGGGAAUAUGAUUACUGUCAGCAGGAUCCUUACAACCCCUGCCCAGGCUGUACUGAGGCUUCUGUUCAGCAAGAUACUGACACUGGGAAUUGGAACAAUACAAAUAUGGUGACUGCUGAGUACAGGACAUCAGAUGGAGACCCUCCCGAAUCUCCCAGACACAACCUAGUACCGGAGAACUAUGAGAAACCGGAAAGUGGAGGAGAACAAUUUACUAGUCUCAAGGCUGCAAUUGGUGUUAGUGCUCUGACUGUUCCCACACCCCCAGCACUACCACGUAGGAUACGCACUCUGCGCAAGAAUGGGGACGAAUCAUCCGAAGAAGAAGAAGGGGAGGUGGACAGUGAGGUGGAAUUCCCCAGGAGACACAGACCUCCUCGAGGCAUGAGUAGCUGCCAGUCAUAUUCUACAUUCAGUUCGGAGAAUUUUUCUGUGUCUGAUGGGGAGGAAGGGAACACCAGUGACCACUCUAACAGCCCUGAUGAUGUGGCUGGAGGUGACAAGAUAUGGCACGGUGAUAAGUUGGAUGACCUGUUGUCCCAGACCCCAGAGAUCCCCAUUGAGAUCUCCAUGCAGUCAGAUGGGCUGUCAGAUAAGGAGUGUGCAGUGAGACGUGUCAAGACUCAGAUGUCUCUUGGCAAACUGUGCACGGAGGAGCACAACUAUGAGAAUGCAGGGAACUUUGCAGAGUCAGACUGUGACUCUUCUGAAGGCGAAUGCUCUGACGCAACUGUAAGAACCAACAACCCAGUAAAUUCCUCCACCUGGUGAGGAGACUACAGCCCUGGAACAGUAUUCUCUUCUCCCGUUUAUCUCCUUACGCAGGUCUCUUCUUAUGGGGUGCACCAGAAUUAAGAAUUUGCCCUAGAUCUUCUUUUGUAACCCCUUUCUUUUAGCCCUCCCACUGCUGGAUGAGGGACAGCAAGGCGUUGCAAAGCAAUACAUCGUUGGUCCUCCAUCUUCUGGCAGGACUAGGGCUAACAGUAUCUGCAAUAACAGGGGCCCAAAGACUUGUGGGGAAAUUCCCCCAAAAUUAACUAGCUUCAGAGGAAGCAUUUCAAACAAUGGCAGGGAUAAAUAUUUUCAUUAAAUAUAAAAAGAAAUACUGUAAAAUUCCAUAUUUAUUCUUUUUGAGUUUGGACCCUUUGUAAUGUCAGGAAGAUGAAUUAGUGAAUAGCGUAACUAGAUUAAAGCACCACAUAAAGGAAUCAUAUAAGAAACCAAGGAAAAAACAGCUGACUGAUAUACAGAUUCUUGAUAGACUUGCUGCUGUUUUUUGGACCAAAAGCUGUUUUGUUUUUUGUUUUUUCAAUUUUAGCCUAGUUUAACCAUAGGAUUUAUUAUUUCUCUUUGCAAAGUCACAGAUGAGAAAUAGAACAAAAUUUUAAAUGUGGAAUGCUUGUGGCUAAUUUACACGGCCACUUCCUGUUCUUCCAUCGGCAGCAGGGGCACACAGGAGCAUCAGAAAUGCAGAGAGAGAAGCAUCACAGGAUCAGAUAUUUACAUUUUAUUCUGGCUGUAACAAUCACUUGUAAUGCCAGAGACCUCUGCAUUAUGUUCCACGCCCUUUAGGAAUCCAUAAUUGCAUUUUAAGCCCUGAUGUUGGGAAACCCAUGUUAAACUGAAUUAAAAGAAAUUCACACGGCUUCCUAACAUCCUAAGGCAGUUGGCUGUGAUCGAAGACAUCAGUCUUGUGCCCAUCCAAUAAAACCCAGCCCAGCAGGAGAAUAACAGUAAAUUGGCUAUGGACAUGUGGAUUUGGGCAAGCUUAUAUGAACACUGUUAGCAGACUCCAGACACCAGCACUUGGAAACUUCCUGUGUAUUGCAUUCAUUUUCUUUUUUUCUCGUGGACACCAACUGCAUUUUGAGAAAGUCAAGACGUGACUCACCUUUGCACUCAGGAGCGAUCACAUGCAUCCCAUUGCCUCCCAGUUACAGAAUGGACUGGUACUGACAGAACCCUCAUAAAGCACAUGAUGUGAAGGAACAUCAGCAACACUAAUGUGAAAAGGCACUAUUAUUUUAUUCUAGAGGAAGGGGGUACUUUUUAGAAUCUGGGGUGACCACGAGGUCAGGAUUCAGGUAUAUGAGCGGCUCAUUCCAAAAAUAUUCAGUUGUGCAAUUGAAGAAGUUCUGCGGUUCUUUGUGCAGAAGUUAAACAAAGGUAAGGGAUAUAGGAACAGUAUCACAUACAUGGCUUGGAUAUAUCCUACAGCAAGCUGGGUUGAAAUGUUAAAAACAACUACCUAAAUGUAGUUUUAGAAGCAACUCCCCUUCUCUCUCCUCAUUAGAAGGGGAGUGCUAGGAGUUUUGUCAAAUGUCAUAUGUCCUUGGGUUUCUGAAACAUAUAGCUUGCUGUCCUGCACUGCUGUAAAGCAGGAAAUCCCUUUACCAGAGAGUUUAAGCUCAAAAACAUCAAAGGAAAUGGAGAUUCUCACUGGCUAAUUUGCAGGUCGUGACAAAUGCUACUUAACUUUGACUUCAUUUGGUUUUAGUGGUAAUUAGGGGGUUUAUCAUUGUAACCCCUUUGCUUACCAAAGAGCAUAGUGUGAGUUCUGUAACAAAACUGCAAACUUCAUUAGCCAAUCAGAAUUCCCCAUUAAGGAAUGAGACGCUCUUCCAAUGACUGUGUUAUUAUGUGAUGUUAUUUUUGUAAUGGUCUACAUGUGUUCUCAGCCACACCUUUUGUAUGGCAUAUAAUUUAUUUCCCUGAAAAACCUCAGGGUACAGAUUCAGGCGAAUUGGGAUUUUUAGUUUUUAUGGCCCAAGCCACAUAUGGGUUGAAUUUGUGGCACCUUCCAUGGCAAAUCCUAGAUGACCAGCUGAAUCUGGCACACCUUUCUGUUCAGUUAAUAUGUUUACACAGUUAUUUGAAUUCAGCCCUUCUGCUGCUGGAGGGAACCCGUCUGGCUAAAGAAGGAUCAGUCCUAACGCAACCCAUGCUGCAAAGGUGCACAAUGACCCCUCAGUGUUAAGAUGAACCACAUGCAAACUAAAUCUCAUGCAACUUAAAAUAGGUGAUUUUUUUGCUAAAAUGUAGGCCCAUAUCCAAAUGAGGAUUUUGUAUUUGCCCAUAUAUAACGAUAACAGAUUCUGUUCGUCCCCAUUACAUGUAUUAUAUAGACAUUGUCUCCUCCAUGUGAGUCACGUGAUAGUAAUUUGCCUACACCGAAUAGUCUUAUACACUAAUCUAAUAAACAGAAGUUUAUAGUAACCAUGUAUGUCCCUACUGAAAGCCCUUUUUGCAAGUGACACAUGGAGCUAUAUACAGUCGCAAAUUAUUACACUUGCAAAAUAAUAGAUGCACCAGCUACAUAUUACAUGUGGUUUGUGCACCCAUCCCUAAACAAAUAAAUGUGUCCUUGUUGCUGCCUAGAAUAUUCUUUGCCUGCAUAUUUUCAUCUAUGCUUAUGAAACCAAGCUGUCCCCUCAGCUGAGACAGUGGCACUUGAGAAGCAUCCAGUUCUACUGAUAGCUAAAUAUGCACACAAGGAAUGUUCUGAGAACAACUAGAGACAUGUCAUUGUAUCAUGUUUUUCUUUUCAGCAUAGAUAAAUAGAAAUAACACUCUACUUAAUGAUAUACAGUAUAGUGCCUUUAUAAUCAGACAUCUCCUAAAUAAAGUAGCAGGAACUAUUAGAAAAACAAAAUUAUCUUAUACAGAAUGAUCAAACUGCCCAUUUAAUUCAUUCCUAGUAUUUAUUUAAAGGACAUGUUUCCUCUCCAGCAGCAUUUGGGUUAAACCUACACUUAACUCCUUCCUUGUGUCGAGCACUUGCAGCUCCGUAUCUUAUAUAAAUACGUUCCAAGCUCCUAGACAAGGAAGAGGUUAAUGGGUGUAGCACCUUAGGACAAAUGAAGGGAAAUGUUUCAUUAUUCUGGGAAACAGUAUUGUAUGAACCUUUAAAUUAUUACUUUUGUUUUGGUCAUGUAGCAGGACUACAUUCAGAUUUUAAGUUAUAUGGUAUUCCAAUUAAUUUUAUUUCUGUGAUUUGAUUUCUGUAGAUCAGAAGGUAUCUGUGUUUAUUGUCGGACACACAUUGAUUUUCACUUAUUUGUUCUAUGUUUUGUCUUUUUUUAUCUGGAAAGUGAACAAAGUGAUUUCAUGAUCAAUUUCAGCAGCAGAAGGUAGUGGUGUAAGAGGCAGAUUGUGCAUGAAGAUAUGCAGAGGUCAGGAAUGGAUUUGGAAUGUAACCGUAAGCUUUUCGUGUCAAUGGCAUUCCAAGCUGUAGCAAUGGCUUAUCCAGUAGAAUGCUUGGACUCAUGCCAGUAGUUUUAUUUGACUCCCUUAGAUAAAUGCAGGGCAGAAUGGAAGUUGUGGGUAUAGUCCUUUUAAUGUAUUUAUUCAUAUUAAAAAUAGAUGGAAAUUUGUCAUCUUGAUCCUGCAGGUUGCUGAAACUUAUCUAUUGGGUGAUGGAAAAGGUUCAAUAUGGCUUCCUCUCAUUAUUCUAACUUUUACUAUAUCAUGACUGGAUGCUAUUUAUGCUUUACCUAUGGUGUCCUGAAACUCAACAGCUCAGUUUCUAUCUUUUGCUUGCUGCAGAUAAUCUGGCCACACAGCUAAGAGCCAUUUGUUUGGAGAAGUAUACACAGUAUAUAGCCCAUGGCAUUAUCUGCCCAACCCAAUCAAUAUCCGAGGAGAACAUUUCAAGCCCAUACACUGGCCCAGUAGUCUAUCUGAUUGAGCAGCCACAAUUUGCUUGUGUAUGGGCAGCUUUAGAGGUACACAUAUAUCUAAUGGGGAGUCUUGGGCAAAUUGUUACUGUGAUUGCCUCAGUAUCCCCUUAUACGUUUCUUUGGCUCAUGGUGAUCAUAGUUGUAUAGUGGCCCCCUAAGGCUAAAGGCAGUUUUGGUGCCACGGUUUAAAUAGGUAAAAAAAAACAGUGGUUGUCAAAAUGCCACUAAGUGUUUUAUGCAUCUUUAUCUGAAGUCUGCAACUUCUUACAGCUGAUCCCACCAUUUGGCAGUCUGUACUUAGUCCUAGCCUCCUUUCAAUCCACAUCUGCCAAGCUCCAACCCUGUAUUCAGAGAAGCAAGAAGAGCAUCGGACUGCCUGAGGAUAUAGAGCACCAUACUGUAAAAGUCAAAUAUAAUGGGUCAGGGAAUCAGCUCUCCGUAUAGAUCACUAUCAUGGCAAGAUUUACUAUUAAAUUAAGAGCUUCAUAUAUCCAAGAAUGAAUGGCAUGACUGCAGAAUACCUAUUGAUUAGACAUUAGCACAUUCAUUGGCAGUAAGAGGUUUAGGAGGAACAUUUCCAUUUGUGUACCUAAUUGGGAGUGAUUAUCCCCCAUAUCCGUUCCAUAGCCCAGUUGACUCAUGCUUAACAAGCAGGCCUUUUAGAAUUGCUUAUACACGAGUUAUGAUACCAGCCUGACCUUUUGUUUUAUGUCUGUAUAGGAAUGGGAAAUCAGAAUGAAAUAUCAAAGCAAACAAAUGCAUGGAAUAAAAAGCCAGUGUACCUUAA